AUGGCCAAGGAAGGAGUGACCGUCCCGUCGCCCGACCUGCCCGAGAUGGUGUUCGCCAAGAAGCGCGCGGCCACGUCGGCCUCGCAGAUGAAGUUUGUGGUCACCCGUUUUUUCCAGAUGUACCGGCGCACCCCUACGUACAACCUGACCCGUGUGAUCCUGGCCGUCUUCCUGGCGCUGCUAUUUGGACUCGUGUUCGUGGAUGCAGAGUACGAUUCGUACUCUGGUUUGAACUCGGGCGUCGGGAUGAUCUUCCUCGCGACGCUAUUCAACUCAGUGGUGGCCUUCCAAGUGUGUUACGUCUGUCAUGUGUCGAACGCGCCUCGUUCUACCGUGAACGCGCGUCUCAGACGUACAACGCCUUAUGGUACUUCCUGGGCUCGACACUCGUAG